UCGGAAACGGCCUCUCUCGCUUCCGGAUUAGAUAACGCGCGCGCUCGCAGCGCCUGGGUGGGCAGGCAGGACGCAGCGCUCUCCACUCUUCGACCCCCAAAUCCAUCUUGCAUCACGCUCCCUUACGCGUUCCACGCCUGACGACAUGGCUCUGCCCUCGUCCUCCACCGGAGACGACCACCCUAACCUCCUCCUCGCCUCCGCCGUCCAUCUCCUCCCCUUCUCUCCGCCACCUCCGCUUCCUCUCAAGCCCGCCUUCGAGAAGCCCGUUCAUGACCUCCACAGGCUCAACAGCUGCAUCCUUUCGGCUGCUAAUCAGUUCAUUAGAACUGUAAUGACGGAAAUCGUGUCUAAGAAUCCUCUGGUCCAGGGAGCUGUUGCUCUUUCUGCUGACCUCCGCAAUUUCUGCAGCCAGGUUCACCGAGCUAGGUCCUUGACGCUCAAUUCUUUGUCAGCACACAAUUUUGCUGCCAUCAUACCAGGUGAUUCUGUGGCAGGAUUGGUGGUAGCCAAUGGCAUCAAUAACUUCUUGAACAUCUACAAUACCUUGCUGGUUAUCAGACUUGUGCUUACAUGGUUUCCAAACUCUCCUCCUGCCAUUGUUAGCCCUCUGAGCACUCUUUGUGAUCCAUAUCUAAAUAUAUUUCGAGGAUUAAUACCACCCCUGGGAGGCACUCUGGAUCUGUCCCCUAUACUGGCCUUCUUGGUUUUAAAUGCUUUCACCAGUACUGCUGCCGCUCUUCCAGCAGAGUUACCCGUUGACGCAUCAUCUAGAGAAGCUACUUCUUUUUCACAUGGCAGGCAUUUAAAUUCCACCGUGAAUCAAAGGAUGUGGUUUAAACGCUUAUCCAGCAGAGGUUCAAGGAAGAGUGAUGCUGUUUAGGGUUUCUUGGUUUUGUUUUUUGGAGAGCUUGUAUAUUCAUCUUUAAGCGAAUUUAGGAGCUCGUCAAACUGCAUACGUUGUAAGAGGGGCGGCUGGUAUUUUCUAGCCUUCAGUUGUGCAGUGGUUUGGGCUUCUAAGUGAUGCUUCAAUUCUUGAUGAAAUUGGCCUGUCUUUGUUGUAUUCAAUAUAACUUUUCCUUGUCGUGGUUUGAGGUUCAACAAUUGUGAAUGGCUAGAUUUCUUUUCUA